UAACUUUAAGAACUAAGAUAAUCUUCUUUAUAGACUUAUUUCAUUCUCAAGAUUUCUAGUCUUGAUCUGAAAAAAAUAAGAAUCUACUCUUACUUGCAAGAGCAUACCUAGCUCGUCAAAGUGAUCAAAUUAACAUGGGAAGUGUCUCGCUACUUUCUACAGUUGCAAGAAGGCUAGAAGGUAAAGUGGCGUUGAUCACCGGUGGGGCUCGUGGCAUUGGAGAGUCAACUGCAAGACACUUCUUCAAACAUGGAGCAAAAGUAGUGAUUGCAGAUACUCAAGAUGAGUUGGCUCAUUCUGUUUGCAAAGAUUUGAACUCUGAAUCUGCUUCUUUUAUCCAUUGUGACGUUACAAAAGAAACAGAUGUAGAAAAUGCAGUGAACACAGCCAUUUCAAGGCAUGGCAAGCUAGACGUUAUGUUCAAUAAUGCUGGCAUUGUAGGAGUGGUGAAAACCAACAUGGUUGAUGUUUCCAUGUCUGAAUUCGAGGAAGUCAUUAGGGUUAACCUAGUAGGUGCUUUCCUGGGCACUAAACAUGCAGCUCGUGUGAUGAAGCCUGCUCGACAAGGCAGCAUCAUAACAACCUCUAGUGUUUGUGGUAUUCUGGGAGGUUUUGCAUCCCAUGCCUACACAAGUUCAAAGCAUGGCGUGUUAGGGCUAAUGAGAAAUGCAGCUGUUGAGCUUGGACAAUUUGGCAUUCGUGUAAAUUGCGUCUCCCCGUACACUGUUGCAACUGAAAUGUCAAGAAAUUUCUUGAAGAUGACUGAUGAUGAAAUUCGCAGUGGUUAUUCUAACCUUAAGGGGGCAAUUCUGACGCCUGAAGAUGUGGCUGAAGCAGCUCUCUACUUGGCAAGUGAGGACUCCAGAUAUGUGAGCGGCCACAAUCUCGUGGUAGAUGGCGGCCACACCAUCGUAAAUAAUGGUUCUUGUAUGUAUGAUAACCCAAGUGUGUAUGGUCUCUGAUCUCUUGAUGCCACAAGGAUCCUUGUACUAGUUAUUAUAAGAGGCUUUUUAGGAUAGAUUAGUAGAGCAUUACAGACAAAUAUUUGUUUUUGUUUUUGAAAAAAAUAUUAAAUUAAUGUUUUUAUA